UGGGCAGGGUGUGUACGAUAUUUCAGUCUCACAUCUAGGAAUCCUUCAUGCUUGUAUAAAAACAGGCGAUUCGUUUGUAAGGAAUACAGAUUAUUCUACGUCGGUUUGUUUAUCCAACUUAUCAACAAAUAAGAAAAUGUCGAAGUCUUUGAAGAAGAUCGUGGAGGAGAGCAGGGAUAAGAAUCUGCCCGAGGUGGACAUGUGUGACAGGGGCAUAUCAAACAUGCUGGACGUACCGGCGCUUUUCACCCUGUCUAACAUAACACAGCUGGUUCUGAGUCACAACAAGCUAUCAACUGUCCCUCCCAACAUCGCCGACCUGAAGAACCUGGAGGUGCUCAACUUCUUCAACAACCAGAUCGAGGAGCUGCCUACGCAGAUCAGCAGCCUGCAGAAACUCAAGCACCUCAACCUUGGUAUGAACAGGCUGAGUACCCUCCCCCGUGGUUUCGGGUCCCUGCCUGCUCUGGAGGUGCUGGAUCUCACCUACAACAACCUGAGCGAGUCGUCUCUGCCUGGGAACUUCUUCUACCUCACCACCCUCCGGGCGCUCUAUCUCAGUGACAACGACUUCGAGAUCCUCCCGCCCGACAUCGGCAAGCUGGCCAAGCUGCAGAUACUCAGCCUGAGGGACAAUGACCUGAUCUCUCUGCCCAAGGAGAUCGGAGAGCUGGCCCAGCUGAAGGAGCUGCACAUCCAGGGCAACAGGCUCACUGUGCUGCCCCCGGAGCUGGGUAACCUGGACCUGACCGGACCCAAACAGGUGUUCAAAGCAGAAAACAACCCCUGGGUGACCCCCAUCGCUGACCAGUUCCAGCUGGGUGUCUCCCACGUCUUUGAAUACGUCCGCUCCGAGACCUACAAGUAUCUCUACGGCCGGCACAUGCAGGCCAACCCCGAGCCUCCACAGAAGAGCAAUGACAAGUCCAAGAAGAUCAGCCGCAAGCCGCUGGCCGCCAAAAAUAAGUGAGGAAGAGGACGACUCCGGCUGGACCUUGCUGCACGUGCCUUUCUCCUUUUUUUCUAUUUAUUUACCCAAAGAAUAAGAAAAAGAUAAACAUUUUAUACCGCAAAGUGUAUUAGUCACAUCUCACUAAAGCUGUUACUCCAGUCCUCUCCCCCCUUCAGGUACACCCUACAGGACGCCUGAAGACUCUUCUGGCAGUCUGAGGGGAUUUAACCAUGAUCCUGUGGGAAGUGGCCGCGGCCUUUUAGACACGUUUGUGUAUCUGCUCUGUUGAGGAGCUUCCCAGGCUGUUCAGUGCAGCCACACCCCUCACAGUAACGCUAAAUCAAUGAAGAGCACACCUUGUUUGCGGUUUUUGUUACAUCUGUCACUUUUGGCUUCCAGGUCAAGGGUUACAACGGAAGCUCUCUCCAGCAGUCAGGAACGUGACGUGACACAAGCGGAAAAUUCACCCCAGUCCCUCUGUGAUAACGUCGGCACGCGGUCGUCACGCUUUUCACCCAGACGGGUGCUCCUUUUGCACCUGUGUCGCUUUUGUUUCUUCCUGAGCGUUUUGAGAGAGCCGCCCUUCUAACCCGUGCCGGACAGGGAAGCAAAAACAUCUGAUGUGGCCAAAUCAACACUCAUCAAAAAUAUAAAUAAUUAUAAACAGUACUGAAGGUGUGCUCUUCAUUUUAUGCAUCUGAUUAUCCGGUGAAUCUGUCAUUCAGCCCCCAGUGGUGUCACCAAACGUCGUCACACCCUCCAAAUUCCCUGUAAGAGCCGGACCUGUGAUAGGAGGUGCUGGGGGUGUGGUGCUUGGGAUCGUUUUUAAACUCGUGGUGUCAUCCGCGCCAUGAUGGGUCCACGCUGUGGCAGCGAUGUCACCCUCUACUGCUUCCUCUUCCUCCAGUUUUCACAGCCGUUCUCCUUUAAAAAAAAAAAAAAAAAAGAGGACGGAAGUGAACAGCCCCCAGUUCCUUUGUGCUUUAAAGUGCUCUCUCUGCUACGCUCUGUCAAAGGGAGCCCAAGGCUGUAUUCAGGGGCUCCACGGCCGCUCCGCCCACGUAUCAGGGAGCACAUUGUAGAGCAAUGGAGCCGGGGAUGUUCUUCAGAAAUUGGCCACCUGGGACGCAGAAAGGACAGCAGCCGCAAACAAGGUGCUCUUCUCAGGCUGUCGUGCCUAGUGAUAUGAGAGAGAGAGAGAGAGAAAAGAGAGGUUCCAUGAACUCCAUAAUGGGUCUGGCUGCCGCGUGCAGUCGGACACUGACUAAUGUAAACCCAUUUGAAAGAUAUUGCUCUCUGCAGGAAAACGAUAUGAUUUGUCCAAAUCAGUGAGUCACUGCUGACACGUUAUGUCUUCACCCCACACUGGGGUUCGUGAAGCCUCGAUCUCCUGUACCUAGUUGCAACCCAAGCCUAAUGACAACUGCAAAACCGUUUCAUCUUAAUAGUUUGUAAUGCUAAAGUAUGGGGCAGUAAUUAGUAGCAUGAUAAAAUAUAUCCCUACAAGAGCUCCGUACCUAUAAUAUGGCAG